AACCCCUCGGGGGUUUAAAAAACGGGAAGCUAAAAAAGAAAAAAAAGUUUCUAUUAAGACCGAGGGAUAUUCGAAUCUAGGGUUUGGAAAACUACGAAAUUGGGGAUAUAUUUUGCCUCUCGCAUGAAUCGAUGGGACUGGGGGAGUCGGAGGCUUCGAUCGAUGAAGGAUCGGCGGUCGCCUGCUCGAUCUGCCUCGAGAUCGUUGCCGGCGGCGGGGAUCGGUCGACGGCGAGGCUCCGGUGUGGACACGAGUUCCAUCUCGAUUGUAUUGGAUCAGCUUUUAAUGCUAAAGGAGUGAUGCAAUGCCCAAACUGUCGGAAAGUUGAGAAAGGAAAUUGGCUUUAUGCUAAUGGUUCUCGAUCACUACCAGAGCUUGGCAUUGAUGAGUGGACACCUGACGAAGAUUUAUAUGAUCCCAGUUACUCAGAAAUGACUCUUGGUGUUCAUUGGUGUCCCUUCAGUAGAUUAGCACAGAUGCCAUCAUCAUUUGAGUCUGGCUCAAGAAUUGUGGGCUCAUUCGUUUCUUCACUGGUUCCACCAUACCUCCCCAGCCCUCGACCUGACGGCCAUGGCCAUGUCCGUGAUCGCUACCAUCAUCAAAAUCCCCGAGGCCUACACCCUACUGUCUUCUCAGGCUCUCAGCAGCAACAAGGAGCCCCGAACCCCUUACCUCCACCAGGACCCACACCUCUCUCUCUCCAUGAUCAAGCAACCUACUACCUCAUCCCACCACCACCAGCAGCAGCUUCAUCCAGCAGAAGCCGUCAUCAAGAAGCCGAUGACACCAGUGACCAUUUUUAUUCGUGGGAGAGAGAUCAGUUUGCUCCGGUCCCAUUCACGUGGAGACAAUUUCCUCAUCAGAAUGGUAAUGGUCCGAUGAUGAGGCAUUCUUCGCCCCAGAGUAUGGAAACCUCGGGUUAUCGGCAAAACCAUAUUGGAAGAAUGAGGCAUUAUUUCUGAGAGCCAUGUAUUGCUUGUUUGUAAAAUAAUAUGAAUUGUAUAAACGCUGCUGUGUUGCCUAACGAUCAACUUAAACUGGGAAUAAUAUUUUGAUGGUGAUCUCUGGCUGAAGAUGGCUUUGGUUUUUAUAUUGCAGAAAGCAAGCAGCUUUGCGUGAUCUGUUAUUAUUGAUA